GCACACGCCGUCCGCGCCCCGCCCCGCGCACCAGCUGCACCUUCAGCAUGUUGCGCAGCGCCGCGGUCGCGGCCUCCCGCUUCGGACCCCGCCUGGGCCGCCGCCUGCUGUCGGCCGCCGCCACCCAGGCCGUGCCGGCCCCCAACCAGCAGCCCGAAGUCAUCUACAACCAGAUCUUCAUAAACAAUGAGUGGCAUGACGCCGUCAGCAAGAAAACCUUCCCCACGGUCAGUCCAUCCACCGGGGAUGUCAUCUGUCAUGUAGCUGAAGGGGACAAGGAAGACGUGGACAGGGCAGUGAAGGCUGCCCGGGCUGCAUUCCAGCUGGGCUCGCCUUGGCGCCGCAUGGAUGCGUCCAACAGGGGCCGGCUGCUGAACCGCCUGGCCGAUCUGAUUGAGCGGGACCGGAGCUACCUGGCAGCCUUGGAGACCCUGGACAAUGGCAAGCCCUAUGUCAUCUCCUACCUGGUGGAUUUGGACAUGGUCCUCAAAUGUCUCCGUUACUACGCUGGCUGGGCUGAUAAGUACCAUGGGAAAACCCUUCCCAUUGAUGGGGACUACUUCAGCUACACCCGCCAUGAACCUGUGGGGGUAUGCGGGCAGAUUAUCCCGUGGAACUUCCCGCUCUUGAUGCAAGCAUGGAAGCUGGGCCCAGCCUUGGCGACUGGAAACGUGGUUGUGAUGAAGGUGGCUGAACAGACUCCACUCACUGCCCUCUAUGUGGCCAGCCUGAUCAAGGAGGCUGGCUUUCCUCCUGGUGUGGUCAACAUUGUUCCUGGAUUUGGCCCCACAGCCGGGGCCGCCAUUGCCUCGCAUGAGGAUGUGGACAAAGUGGCCUUCACAGGCUCCACUGAGGUUGGCCACCUAAUCCAGGUUGCUGCAGGGAACAGUAACCUCAAGAGAGUGACCCUGGAGCUAGGAGGAAAGAGCCCUAACAUCAUCAUGUCAGAUGCUGACAUGGACUGGGCCGUGGAGCAGGCCCACUUCGCCCUGUUCUUCAACCAGGGCCAGUGCUGUUGUGCGGGCUCCCGGACCUUUGUGCAGGAGGACAUUUACACUGAGUUUGUGGAGCGGAGUGUUGCCCGGGCCAGGUCUCGUGUGGUUGGGAACCCCUUUGACAGCCAGACUGAGCAGGGGCCUCAGGUGGAUGAAACCCAGUUUAAGAAGGUCCUUGGCUAUAUCAAAUCUGGGAAGGAGGAGGGGGCAAAGCUGCUGUGUGGUGGAGGGGCGGCUGCUGACCGUGGCUACUUCAUCCAGCCCACCGUGUUUGGAGACGUGCAAGAUGGCAUGACCAUUGCAAAAGAGGAGAUCUUCGGGCCAGUGAUGCAGAUCCUGAAGUUCAAGACCAUAGAGGAAGUUGUUGGGAGAGCUAACAAUUCCAAGUAUGGGCUGGCCGCAGCUGUCUUCACAAAGGACUUGGACAAGGCCAAUUAUUUGUCCCAAGCCCUCCAGGCUGGCACUGUGUGGGUCAACUGCUAUGAUGUGUUUGGGGCCCAGUCCCCGUUUGGUGGCUACAAGCUGUCUGGGAAUGGCCGGGAGCUGGGAGAGUAUGGGCUGCAGGCGUACACUGAAGUGAAAACCGUCACAGUCAAAGUUCCUCAGAAGAACUCAUAAAGAACCACGCUGGCUUCCUUACUCAUCCAGUGAUGGAAAGUUCAACGCACAGCAACAAAACCGAGAGAAAUGACCCUUGCGUGCUAAAGCUCUCAAAAAAAAGAAAUUCGGCCACAGGAUCUCUUGGAUCAAGAAAGUUCCAGAAUUUGAAUCAAUAAAGAGGGUAGGCUUGGGGCGAAGGGUAUAUGGAAAACCUUUUAAACUGCAACAGUACUACUAGCUUUCAGGGUCAAAUGUAUUCUCCUGUCCACCUGAUACAUACACUUCUGUAACUUGCCUUAACAGGGGAAGAAAAAGCCAUUGUUUACCAUUAUACUAUCAUUGGGGCGACAGCUAGCGCCUUGCUUUGUAUUGUGAACUAAAACUCAUUAAAAACAGUGUUGCUCUUCA